AUGACAACGGUGGCGACUGGGUCCCGACGGGCUGCUUUACCUCCAACCGCUGUCGCCGCUUCUCCGCUGAACGACAAGCAGCUCAAGUCCAGUUGGUCAGACCUGGCCCUACGCAACGACGCGGAUAGAAAGUCGUCGUUUACGCGUUCUUUCGCCCAGAAGGCUGCUGCGAACCUCGUGUCAGCAAAGCCAGAGCCUAAAAGGGAUACCGGCGCGUCUCAGUCGAUCAUCAACAUUUCGCCGCCGCAAAAAAUCGCUUCUCGUUCUAACCACCACAAUCCUUUACCCGCCGCCCCCGCCGUCGCUGCCACAAACGGCCCAGAAGAACUCGACGCCGACGCGCUAGCGCGAGAGCUCGACUACAUCACAGUGACAACCCCCGACUCAAACGCUCUUUCUCACCCCGCCAGAACUGAUAAGGCUUCCCGCAUCCUCGGCAUCAAGCAUCGCAAGAGUAUGGAACCCAUUCCUGCGUCGGCCAGGAACUCUAUCAUGUCCACCCAUUCUGCCCGGGACCCUCCUCCUACUCCUUCAGCGACACCCACCCUACCUCUCACGUCCCUCUACGUCGUAUCGGGCCUUCCAAAGUCGCCGCAUACAUGGACCCUUGCCGACCCAGACUCAGUAAUGGGACUGCAUCAUAGUGACGGCGCGGUGAACAGGUGGUGGAGGCCUGAGGUCCUUGGAAGCACCGUUAGCCCUGGUGCAGGGGGCGGCAAGAAGAAGAAGCGAGGCAAGGGCGAGGAGAUUCUGAAGGGCGCGGGUGCUCUUUCGAAACAGGAGGUUGGAAAAAUGCUUUCCAAGGCUCUCAAGCUCUCCUUCACUCGAGAAGUCGAGAUCAUUGCUUCUACCCUGCAGCCGGCUUCCACGGUUCACACCUUCACUUUUACUCUCCCUGCUCCGUCAACGCCUCUCGCACCAACCCCCUCCGGUGACCUUCUCCGUGCAUCCAUUCUUACCACCUCCGACAGGCCCAUCUCCGCUGUAUCUACCUCCUUUGCGUACGCCCAUGAUGAUCCAUUUGCGCGCCCAUCCUCCGCGUACCUGGGCCCUCCAAGUCUGCUUGGACACGGAUCAAAUCCUCAUCUGAGCGCCCCGCGUCCCUUCUCUGCGCACUCCCCUUUCACUUUAAGCGGCCCUGCAGCCUCCUCGACGCCCACGGAACUCGCCCAACCAAGCACUGUAACAUACCAUGGCGUUUGUCUUACCGUCUGGUCUCAUGCUGACGCCGAACGCUCCAAUGCAAUUCGCAGGACCCUUGAGGCAGGCCGUUCCCGCAAAGAAUCGGCCCAGUCCCUUGUGGCCUCUCGUCUGAAGUCUCUUCGUGCCGAUGCCAAUGGUAUCAACGUGGACUCGCUGAACAGCGGUGAUCCCACUACCCAGGCCCGUCGAACGGCUAAGCAAUCCGCCCGUGGUCCUUGGGCAGAUGCUGAAACCGACAACGAAACGGAAAACGAUGGCGCAAUGAGUGAAAGCGACUUCGAUGUCGCUAGCACUGUUGGACACGGUCCCGGUGAAAGCACUCUCUUCCUCCCUGGAGACACCGUCUUCUGGCUACCAUACGCCCUCACGCUUGUUUCCCGGCAUCCUAUAUACGACCUAAUGCGCGAUUACCUUACUCUCUCCUGGGCUCGCUUCUCCAAAGAUGUCCAGUCGCACACCCUUCAAAUCUCCAAGAUUCUCGCUCACCCUGCUCCUCGCGCAGGCGAACUCAUUCGGCUCGAUGCGUCGCCCAAGACUGACGGUUCCUCCAACGAUACGGCCAGUCUCGAAGUGAUCGCUCGUUUCCCUGGUGGCCUGGACUUUGGACGUGGGCUCGUAGAUAUCAACUUCACUAUGUGGCCACUGUUCAAAUGUCUUAACAUCGACAACAUUCUCACCAUUUGCGAGAUCGCCCUCUCCCCUACUGGCCGUGUUCUCUUCUUCUCCCGUCACCCUGCUAUGCUGGGCAUCGCCGUAUCAACAAUAAAGUACCUCGUCGAGCUUCGCGGGUGGAAUGGCAUCGCACUCCCCGCCGUUCACUCCCGAGACGCCAAGAUCUACAUUGACGACCCAGGUCCAUGGAUUAUGGGCGCUGCCACCGAAAUGCGCUACGCUAUCCGCCCUGCGCCUGAAGUGUGUGUAUGCGACCUCGACAUCAACUACCUUUCUUGCCCUUCGCCUCCUCCCGGCGUUGUCUCUGUCAAGCAACAGCGGGAGAAGUACCGUCGAACACUGCUCGGCGCGUUUGAGGCCCAUUAUCAUCCUGAUCAUUGCAUACCGAGCGAAUUCAAAGAAGCCUUCCCUGCUGGUCGGUUUAGACCCGUGUGUAAAAUACAGGCAAAGCGAGGUGCCGGUUCGAGUGCGGUCGCUGAGCAAAUCAAGCCGCCAGAAUGGUGGCAUUCGACGAGGAUUAUACAAGCAUUUGACAUCGUUCUACAGGAUAAGUUCAAGAAGCCCUCACUCCUGAAGCGUAUAUCGAUGUUUGGAGCUGUCAAGCGUGCCCCUCAACUCACCGCAGCUGAGCAACUCAUACAACUGUCUAUCCGCAAGCGUGCAACUGCCUUUGUCGACGCUAGAGAUGAUCUGGAGACUAAGAUAGGCCGACUUUCAAGACGCUUGAACUUCUUGAUGACAGAGUCGGAUCUUUGGAGAGACAAGUUCGUGACGUUCGAGCAGUACGCCGAGAAACUCAGUGCGGAGGCCACUCAACUUCGGGCAAAGAUCACCAAGGAGCAGAGGGAGACCAAGAGGCUAAGCGGACUUGUGUCAAUGACGACAGCUGAGAAGGCCAAGCUAAACAAUCAGCUGAAAGAUACGGAGAGUGCUCACAAGGAAGCUAUGCUCGAGCUAGAGCGGAUGAGGGAGACCAUGGAGCGGAUGGAGCAGGAGAGAGCUGAGAUGGUGGCCGAAGUUGAAGCCCAGAUCGAACGCGCACUUGCAUCUAUGACAGUUGACAUCAGCGAGUCGGAUUAUGGAAGUUCAAGGCCGGGCAGCCGAAUGUCGUCCACGUCUGCUGGCAAUCCCCCCCCUGCAUCCCGCUCUCGCCGCGCCAGCGACGCUGGGAUGAGCAAGUCAAGUAACGGGCGGUUGCGUUCCUUCCCUACUGAUACAACUCUAGCGGAGACAUUCGACGGAGACGAUACUAUCGUUGGUGUUACUCCAGCAGCAGGAGUGAACAAGGAGAGGGAGACAGGUACCAUCCAGGAAGCUGAUGAGGAAGAUGAGACGGUGUCGGCAUCGAAGAAGAAGCGGUUCUCUGCUACGGAUGUUGACGUUCCGCAGGAUGGUAUGAACGCCGUCGACGAGGGCAUUAGCCAGAAGAGUGACAAGAUUGCUCAGAAGGUCCUCCAAAUCCAGCAAAAGCUGGAGACCGCACUUGCAACUGAUCGCCGAACAGCGCGAUGGCGGUCCCAUAUGAAUGGGAACUACGAAAGUGGAGAUGAUCUUUCGGAGUCAACACACACUCGGCCUCGUCGACCAAAAGGAACCAGAAAUAGAACCCGUUCUGGGACUCAGUCGUCGACCCAGACCAACAGCAGUACGGUCACGCAUACCGAUGAUGGGACUUUGUCGACCGUUUCGAAUUCGCGGCUAGUGGUGACAGUUCCCGACAACACGACUCCUACAAAGGCUCAGGAAUCCGAUGCUGAUGUCUCACAUCUCUCUGCAAAUGCCUCAACCGUUUCUUCAGCCACCGCCCGCCCUAUAUCCCCUUCACAGUUGACACCGACGACCCCAGCGUUGACGCCAGUCACUGCUAGUGUGACAGAUGAUUCUGACACCGACUUCCAGAGCGCCUACUCGACCAGCCCCAGGGAAAGCUACGGGGACUUCGACGUCGCCCAGAACGCUGCAGAUGCAGACCUUGAUGAUAGGGUCCCUGCUCCACUCAAGUUAGACUACCAUCAUCCCGAUAAUCUACCCGUUUUCGCCAAGAACCGACGUGAACGCCUAUCCAGCACCAGUACUGCUACGGUCAUAAGCCCCAGCGACAUGGCAGAGCCUAGUCCGACUUUCAGUGAAGAUACCAUUGUGUCUCAGGGACGCAGUGUGUCUAAACAUAUCUAA